AUGAUGACCAGGUCAGGCGAGUGGAGCGCUGUGGACGUCCUCAGGAGUGGGCCGAAUCCUCGCUGGAGGUGCAAGAGUUGCUCGACGGUGUAUACGGGCGCGCCGAGGAGAAUUGCGCAGCAUAUCCUCGGGGUCGGCGGCGUCGGGCAGAUCAGGCCUUGCCCACGGCCUCUCAAGGAGUACGUGACGCUCAUGGCGGACCUCAUGGCGCUCGACAAGCAGAGCGGCCGGCUGGUGCGGAAGACGAGGUUGAGUGGCAAGGACGGUACCAGCAGCAGCAGCAGCGUCAGAGACGGCCGCGGCCCCGGGGACGGAGGAGGAGGAGGAGGAGGCCAUGGUGAAAGCCCCUUCCCGACCAAGGCGUCAAAGCGAAAACCACAUGCGACAGCACGCUGGGGCGGUGAGAACGACACCGCCACCGCCGCAGAAGCCGCCGCAGCACCACAAUCUGCCGCCGCCGCCGCCGCCGCCGCUGCUGCUACUGCCGCCGCUCCCGCACCGGAGCGUUUCGAGGUCUACGUCGCCAAGGAGGACUUCAAGUUCAGCUCGUCGCACUUCGUGGCCUUCGAAGGGUUCAGAGAGCGCCUGCACGGGCACAACUACUCGUGCGGCGUGCGGCUCAGGGGGGAGGUUUGCGAGGACGGCUACGUGGUGGAUUUCGGGAUUGUGAAGAAGGUGAUGCGGAAGCUGUGCAAGGGGCUCAACGAGCGGUUUCUGUGCCCCAUGGAGAGCGACGCUCUCGAUAUCACCCUGACCGGCUCUCAGGUGGUGAUUGUUUGCCAGGACGGGGCAACUUUCGUGCUUCCGCGGGAUGACUGCGCCUUGCUACCGCUGGUGAACUCCACCGCCGAGGAGCUGUCGCACUUCCUGUUCUCCCGCUUGCUGCGCGAGUUCACGCUCCCGUACCUGCACUCAAGAGGAGUCACGGAGAUGGACGUAUCGGUGGCCGAGCUUCCAAGACAGGAGGCGAUAUACCGAGGGAAAAUCCCGCCGUCCGAAGACAUGAUCCAGGACCCCCCAUUCAGAACAGCCCGCAGAGUAAGGGGCUGCUUCGAAGACAGCAACAACAACAACAACGAAGAGGGUUGCAGCAUCACCUUCAGCGGCUGCGCGAGCAAGAUGGACACCACAUCCACGCCCGGCGGUGGCGUCUACAACCACCACAGCCACAUGGACGUGGGGGUGAACGACCUGCCUCCUCACACCGCGUGCGGGGGGGGGGGUGCCGACGGCGGUGGGCUCGGCGGCGGCGGCGAAGGCGGCGGAGGCGUAUUGGGCGUGGGGCCCGGGUGGAAUCCCUCCGUCGUGCCACCGGCCGCCCCCGGCGGCGGCCUCCCUGACAGCGGCGGCGGGGUGGUGUUGGGGAACCCACCGGGGACAGGGGUCAUGGUUGGACGCGUGCACUUGGGAGGGGCGGAGCCGGGGGGCGUCGGCGGGGGGCCGCCGGGGGUGGGGGGACCCUUGUCUGGGAUCGGGGGCCCCGCCGCCGGGGACGUGAGGGGGGGCAUCAUGAACCCGCUGGCGCCGGGGUUGCGGCCGAACAGCAUCCCCACGCCGGCGGCCGUUGCGAGUCGGGGUUUCGCGGCAGGCCAGAGAGGGCGCGGGCGCGGCGGGGGGCUGCAGGAAGGGCAGGACUUUUCAUCCCCGGAGUCGACAGGGGCCCGCGGGGGAGAGCUGUGACAAGCAGCAGUCAGUGAAUCGCUGGCGCGUUUUUUUUUUCAAGGACGACAGGUUUUGUGUUGUUUUGUUUUGUCCCGUUUUUCGUUUGGGAGUUAACCCUUGUCUUUGGUACAAUACCCUUCGUAUGUUCACGUGAACUUUUUGUUGGCAGAGAGAGAGAAAAGAUGCCCGCAGUUUUCUGAUCGGUCAAAAAGUGAACCCGCCGUGGAUGACAUCACAUGUCGACCAGGGAUUUUCGGCCAAUCAGAAAACUGCGGGCACCUUUUCUCCUUCUCGGGGGUGGGAGGUAGGAUAAUUACAAUCACUGCCAAGCGCGUGAUGGUGUGGACAUUCAUUUGUUCUCUCGCCCCUUGAUGGUGCGCUGCAAUGCUACGGCCUUAGGGCCUGCCACUGGGGAGUGAACGUGGAUUGCAUCGUGUGAAAUGGCGCGGGUAUUAUGGUCUUUCAAGGUUUUCAUGGAAACAAGGGGUCCGUAGAGAAGGACAAGAAGAAAGGAAAGAUCGACGGGUGUAAUCACGUGUGAGAAACGAGAGCAAAUGGCUGGCAGCAGUAGCAGCAGCAGCAGCAGCUAUCAGGAUUUCAGGCACGGCAUGCGAUGAUGUAAAGAAUCAGGGACCAUGGAAGCAUGCAUACGCUCCCGUCACUUCAUACUAGUCUUAUCGACAACGGCGGCUGGCUGUAUUUGGUUCCGAGCCAGCAUAGCUGUAGCAUGCUUGUGUGCUGACCUGUGCGUCAUCUCGAUGAUUAUGCUCGAGGCUCCUCUGGUGGCCGGAACGGGUGCAGGUGUCUCUCUCUUCUCAAGUCUGCUUGCUUCGCUUUUUGGUUCCGCAUCCUAGACUAGGCGUACCUGCGUAGCUCAUAGUUUCAGAACAUGAUCUGCAUGUCUCGUGAAGUAGACGGGGAGAGCGGUUUGACGCAGCCACAACCAGCAACGUGCGAGAAACGGGGUGCGUCUGUAUUGGGGGGAGGCGGGCACACGCCCCGGGGGCUUGCCGUCCAACGCGUUUCGAUUUGUUUUUGUGGGAGGGGGGGUGGUAUCAAUAGCUGGCUUUGUUUUCACCAACUCGGCACGAAGCCUAGGCAACGGUCACGCGAUUCACCUUAAUACCAUCUGUCCAUCUUCAACUGAAUGAAGUUCCCGGUUCGUGGGUUGCAGCCACACGUCGUGAGGAUUCCUUCAGGAUGGUGAGCAGAUCUAUAUUUCACCAGAAAGUUGUGGUAUGGUCUGUAGUAGAUGAUUUGUUUGUGCUUUCCUUCUUCAGCAUCGAAGAUUCUGAUACUCUUUUAUUUUCUUCCGUCAGUUUUUGUUUCAUUUGUACUGCUGCGAGGAGAAACGUCCGAAGGCCAAAAGACGUGCUCAAGAUUCUUUGCCAUGGCAUGUGCAGCAAGAGUUUCAUGCGGAGUAAUAUGGGACCGACGGUAGGUGCCUGUACAGGUUUUUGUUUUGCGUCCGAAACAGGCUUUGCUGGUUGUGAUUUUCACUCGGAAAAAGAGACAAGAGCCGUGCACGAUGCAUGGGUGCCUGGCUGGUAGGUAUUCCGAAAAAACGUCGGUCCGAUGCAGCCUGCGUUACUACGAAAGCUUGAUAGCUGACUGUGUGACAGAUGGAUGCGUCAUGUAUAUAUUAAUUGAUUGAAUUUUGGUGUUGGGGAGGUGCAACAGGUGUUUGGUGCUGUGCUUUACUAACAUUCAAUCAAAUACAAUCGUUGGUUUUUGGCACAAACAGUUUUUCUACUAUCGUCCAUGGCCGCAUUUCGUGUUUGUUUGCCCGUGUGAGGAUGACUGCUAGGAUUUAUUUAUUGUUUUAUGUGUGGUCUCGUCACUCGGCUAGUUGGUAAUAUUAGAGUACCAUAGCCUAUUGUAGGAGCCGGAUGGUCAAGGCGGGAGGUGGCGCUAUCCAGGGGGGGAAGUUAUCAAACCCAUUCAUCGUGCGCGGCAGGACUACUACUAUUUACGGCUUGGUAUGGGAGGCAUUAGAUGGCGAUGGUGAUGGGUUGACUGGUUCACCCUGCCCCAGAAUUCUGAGUUGAAGUUCUGCGGGUUAACCUGUUUGUGUCGUUACUAUUUGCAUCCAAUCGGCUGAACAAUCAAUCAAAAGACGUAGUUAGUCUCAGUGCGGUUGAAAACAGAGAGUGGUUGAAGGUCAUCAUCAUCUCGGACUCCGUGAGGGGGCGUCGUGGGGGAGGCUAUGUGUGUGUGUGUGGUGCAGAGAAAAACCACAGCUGGUAGUCUUCGAGCGCUUUGUGCUCACAAAUGUCCCCCUCUCUAACAAAAAUCAAUGAAUUGAACACGAAAAAAAACUCGGGCAUGCGUGCAUCGCGUCGUCGUUCGAAUCCUUGAAAUCUUUCAGGAAAAAAAAAAAAAAGUAGCUGCUGUCAUCGGGUUUACGUCAACCUUACUUGCAGUCUCUCCGGGGACGGGCACCGAGCGAUCCAUCAAAACUGGUAUGCAUACAUGGUACCUUCCGUUCCUGUUUGCUUCUUUAUUCCGAGAAGAGAUAACCCACAUGAUGAGCGACACGACGAUUAUGUCACGACUAAAGUUGUAGUUUUCCUGGACCCGCCCACAGGCCACUUGAUGAAUUUCUCUCUAGGGCCUGGUUAUUUACCCAACAAAAUAUACACCAUUCGAAAGCUAUGAACCAGGGCUUUCGAAUGAGCCCACUUUUUGCUUUCACAGACACCUUGGUGACGAGUUAUGCCGAACAUACCGUUUCACCAAAAACGCGGCGGAACCGGUAAAUUACGAUUUGUCGUGCCCCCACCACCGCUGUGAAAAAAUAUGUACAGUCGUCCCCGCUUUAAAGACACUCUUCUUAAGGAAACUCCCCGCUAUAAAGACACAUUUUUUCCCCAGGAAAUGGUGCCCCGCAGAUGUACAAUAAUAUAGGGGGGUAUCGUUUCCACUAUGCGCCCCCCCCCCCAAAAAAUUUUGCUGGGACAGCAAAUCUGCAAGGCAUUGUAACAUCGACAGCGGUCUGCUGCAGCCCACACUACUGCGUGUGGGUAUGGAGAGAUUCCUCCCAUCUGCUGGCGGGUCGUCAGCUGCCGGCUUGAGGCCAUGUGGCGAACCCACGUGCCAGCAAAAGUCUCAACUCGUG